AUGGACCAAGCCAAGGAGACCAUCCACCAUGAGCAUCGAGAGCAAUUUCCCCUUGCCACAAAGGUCGAUACGGUUCAUGACGAUGAAGCGCUUAAGGUUCUCGCCGCAUACGGAGACGAGAACAUUGAAUGGACUCCUGAAGAGGAGCAACAACUUGUCAGGAAAAUUGAUAGGACACUUGUCCCAUUGAUGUUUAUUUCCUAUGGGCUGGUCUACUAUGAUAAAGCAAUGAUUUCGCAAGCUGCACUCUUUGGACUCAGAACAGAGCUCCAACUGAGUGGAAACCGAUAUAGCUUCUCUUCAUCCAUAUUUUACCUGGGUGCGAUUGUGGGAGCCCUGCCGGUAAUGAUGCUAGCCCAACGAUUUCCAGUGGAGCGUGUUGCAGCUGCAGUCAUUGCUGUAUGGGGCGUCAAUCUACUGCUUACUAUUCAAUGCCACGACUUCAAAGGUCUCUACGCCAACCGAUUCUUCCUUGGCUUCCUCGAGGCUGGUAUCUCGCCUAUGUUGAUGGUGAUUGUGGUGAGUUUCUACAAGAAAGCUGAACAGCCUUUAAGACUUGGUGCUUGGUGGUCCUCGGCUGGAUUUUUCUCAAUGUUCGCUCCUUUGAUAAAUUAUGGACUCGGCCACAUCAAGGACUCCCUAUCACCAUGGAAAUGGAUGUACAUUUUCGCUGGCUCCAUCACAAUCCUCUGGAGUGUUAUCAUUUACUUGUUUCUCCCACCUGAACCCAUUCGUUACAAAGGAUUUACCGAGCGUGAGCGCUAUAUUGCAGUCGCGAGACUGCGUAUUAAUAAUGCCGGCGUCCGCAACACCCACAUUAAAACCGCUCAGAUAGUGGAAGUCUGUCAAGAUAUACGCUUCUGGAUAGCUUUUCUUACUGCGUUUUCCAUCAUGGUCGCCAAUGGCCCUUUAUCCACCUAUCUGCCAAUCAUUAUCUCCGGUUUCGGAUACUCUCCGCUGAACAGCCUGUUACUUUCCAUGCCAGCCGGCGCCAUUGCUGGGUCCUUCACCAUCCUAUCGACGUGGCUUGCUGGUAGAUACAGCUAUCGGGGAUGGCGCACCUGGCUUAUUAUACUUUUCCAAAUGCCCAUAAUUUUGGGCGCGCUUCUGCUGUGGCAAUUGCCACAGACAAACAAAGCGGGGAGACUCGGAGGCAUAUAUCUCCUUGCGAGUUUUGCGUCACCAUACGGUAUUCUCAUGUCCCUGCAGGCUGUGAAUGCGGCAGGGUACACUAAAAAGACCGUCACUUCAUCUGGGUUGUUCAUUGGUUACUGCCUUGGUAAUUUCGCUGGUCCGCUUCUCUUUCGCCCACAAGAUGCGCCUUUCUAUGAAAAUGGCUGGAAGGGUGUUGUCGUUACAGCAAUCGCAGCCCUUGUCCUUACUGGCAUUUACCGAAUAGUCUGUGUACGAGAAAACAAGAAGCGUGACAAGCAGGGUGUCGCCGAAGGCUUGGAUCAUGCUUUUGAAGACGAUCUCACUGAUAUGAGGAACCCCCAGUUUCGAUAUCAGCUCUAG